AUGUCAACUUCGCAUCUCGUGUGUGCGUCAUGCAACGUCGUUAGUGUCGGUCCCUCGUGCGUUAAAUGUGACGGGGAGCUUUCUGUACCCACUGCUGUUGACUGUGCGAAGUUCGGGCUGCUUCCUGAGCUUCGGGAGCUCGUAAAGCAGACCCCCGAUUUCGAUUUCAAUACACGGGACGAAACAUCCAAAGCGACGCUUUUACAUCAUGCUGCAAUAAGUGGCAAAAUGGGAGUCCUGGAAUAUAUACUAGACAACCAAGCGACGCGAGCGAAAGUGAACGUCGAUGCUCGAGGAGGAGAGACGCAGACAACGCCACUGUUUUGGGCAGCUUCUUGCAACCAAAUUUAUGCAGUCGAAUUGCUCCUGCGACAUGGAGCUCAGCCGACUUUCAGAGACAAACGGGGAGUUUCGCCGUUUUUAGAGGCGAUCCUGUGCUGCUUUCCAAUCACAGCAGCCUACUUGGUGGCCAAGGGCUCGGGUAUAAACCAGCGCGUACAAGAUGCUCACCAGAAGACUGCGUUGAUGCUGCUUUGUCAGCCUCAGCAUUUUCACUUGGAUACGUUCCGGAUGGUCCUCAGUCUCCAAGCUUCGGUCGAUAUGCAGGACGUCGAUGGCAACACUGCGCUGCAUCACGCGGCUGCGAACGAUAUUGCCAUGGCUGUACGCUUGCUGCUUGACGCGAGAGCUGACACAACGAUCGUGAACAGCGAGGGUCUUACGGCUAAUGGAGUUGCCCGUGUGCGGCUUCGUUUGAAGUCACGAGCGCGUCGCCUUCUACACGAAGACGAACAGCUGCAGCAUCUUUCCCGAUGGACUUCGAUUCCGAAACAAACGCUGCUGGACAACAUGUAUAAGCUCGCGUUUUUUGUGCCAUGGGCGGUUCUUUUAUUUGCUGCAGCGCUAGUGCUUCGAUUACUCGUGCGUGGCUCUUACGGCGAUAAGCGCAAGGCAGCAGCGCUCAUGUUUGGGAUCAACGCCGCGUCGAUCGGGUACCUUGUUGCCCUGUUUCCUCGAUUUAGUGGAUACUGCAGCUCGACGUUCUGUGCGUUUGCAGCAGCAUCGUUUGCAAUGGUUGGAUUCACACUGUACAAAACGUCUGCUUCCGAUCCGGGUGAAGUGUCUACAUCGUACGACGAGAAAAUGCAUAACGUCCGCUGGCUUGUUGAAUCGAAGCUUCCUAGUGCGACAAAGCUGUGCCUCACAUGCUUGCAUAAGCGGCCACUUCGUGGAAAGCAUUGUGCUGAGUUGAACAUGUGCAUUGCCAAGUUUGACCACUAUUGCCCCUUCGUCGUGAAUGCAAUCGGUGCGCAAAAUCAUGCAGUGUUCAUGGGGUUCCUCUUUUCGGCCGUGUCUUCGAUCGGAUUAGAACUUCUUGCUUGCUGGCGCUUUGCACGAGCGCAACCUGAGCUUGUGGCAGACUUUGCAAUUCAGUGGCAAUGGUGGAAGUGGAACUCGCCAGUGUGGAAUAUUCUCGUGGACACAAGCGGUACUGCUGCGGGCACUCCCGGACUGUUUCACUGGCUAUGGAGCGUCGCACACUUUCAACCGGUGCUGUUUUGCGUCAUGUUUCUUGACGUCGUGCAAAUUGCGUGGAUUGCGUACAUAUUGUUCUUCCACGUCUACUUGAUGUGCGCAGCCCUCACGACGAACGAGAUCGUGAAGAGUGAGAACCUCGAUCGUGUGUAUUCCCGCGGAAUUUACAACAAUGUGGUGGACUUUUUUGGUCUGCCAUGUCAGCGGCCAGUGGACUGGCGUCGCGUGUACAGCGUGGAAGACUUUGCAAGCCAAGUUGCAAUGUGUUCUUCGUCGUCGGGCCAUACUUGCAAGGAUUCGUGA